AUGAUGAACAAGCUUGUUGGACGUAUCGCCACCCUCCGUGUUGGCCGUGCGCUUCCCCUCUCUUUCCGCUCUGUGGUCAGAGGCUACGCCUCCUUCGACCGUUCCAAGCCCCACGUCAACGUCGGUACCAUCGGUCACGUUGACCACGGUAAAACCACCUUGACUGCUGCCAUCACCAAGGUCCUUGCUGGCCAAGGUGGUGCCAACUUCUUGGACUACGGUUCCAUCGACAAGGCUCCAGAAGAGAGAGCUCGUGGUAUCACCAUCUCCACCGCCCACGUUGAGUACGAGACCAAGAACAGACAUUACGCCCACGUUGACUGUCCUGGUCACGCUGAUUACAUUAAGAACAUGAUUACCGGUGCCGCCCAAAUGGACGGUGCCAUCAUUGUCGUUGCUGCUACUGACGGUCAGAUGCCUCAAACCAGAGAGCACUUGUUGUUGGCCAGACAGGUUGGUGUGCAACAGUUGGUUGUUUUCGUGAACAAGGUCGACACCAUUGACGACCCUGAGAUGUUGGAAUUGGUCGAGAUGGAAAUGCGUGAAUUGUUGUCUGAGUACGGCUUCGACGGUGAUGAGACUCCUGUCAUCAUGGGUUCUGCUUUGUGCGCCUUGGAGGGCAGAGAGCCAGAGAUCGGUGAGCAAGCCAUCAUGAAGUUGUUGGACGCUGUUGAUGAGUACAUUCCUACCCCUGUCAGAGACUUGGAGCAGCCAUUCUUGAUGCCUGUUGAGAGUGUUUUUUCCAUCUCUGGUAGAGGUACUGUUGUCACUGGUAGAGUCGAGAGAGGUGCCUUGAAGAAGGGUGAGGAGAUCGAGAUUGUUGGUGACUUCGAGAAGCCAUUCAAGACCACCGUCACUGGUAUUGAGAUGUUCAAGAAGGAGUUGGACGCCGCUGUUGCCGGUGACAACGCUGGUAUUUUGUUGAGAGGUGUCAAGAGAGACGAGGUCCACCGUGGUAUGGUCAUGGCCAAGCCAGGUACCGUCACCUCGCACAAGAAACUUUUGGCUUCUGUUUACAUUUUGUCCAAGGAUGAGGGUGGUCGUCACUCUCCAUUCGGUGAGAACUACAAGCCUCAAUUGUUCUUCAGAACUACCGAUGUUACUGGUACCAUGAGAUUCCCAGAUGGUGCUGACCACUCUGCCAUGGUUUCCCCGGGUGACAACGUUGAGAUGGAGAUUGAGUUGGUCAAGAAGACCCCAGUUGAGCUCAACCAACGUUUCAACCUUAGAGAGGGUGGUAAGACUGUCGGUACCGGUAUGGUGACCAGAAUCAUCGAGUAA